AUGGAUACGAAAAAUAAUUUAUAUGAUGAAUUUGGUAAUUAUAUAGGAGAUGAUAUUGACAGUGAUGAAGAAUAUUCUGAUUAUAAUGAAGAUGAAGUGAGUGACGGAGAAUAUAGUAAAGGAAGCUCAAAGAAUGAUGAAGAGGAAGAUAAUGAUGAUGAUGAUAAUGAGGAGGAAGAAGAUAAUGAUGAUGAUGAGGAGGAAGAAGAUAAUGAAGAUGAUGAUGAUAAUAAUUAUGAUGCAAGUGGGAAAAACUCUAAAUUAAUUGAAAAUAUGGAUGAAUUACAAAAAAUAUAUGACGGUGUUGAAGUGUUUGUUGAAGAAGAAGACACACAAGAUAUUGAAGAAGCUACAAUAAAUAAAAUCAAUGCAAAUGUAGAAAGAAUUAGUUUUAUAAAGAAGUUAGAUGUAGAAGCUAAUAGAAAGAAUUUUGAUUUAGUAGAAACAAGUUUACCUAAUAAUAAUUUUAGUUUUAAAUAUUUAUCAGAAUUAAUGAAACAGACAUCUUUUAUAAGAAAUAUUUGUAUAGCUGGUCAUUUUCAUCAUGGUAAGACUACUCUUGUAGAUAGAUUAAUUGAAUAUACUAGAGAUAAAAAUAAUAACAUAAGAAUUUGUAAUAAUAGAAAUAAGAAUAGUAGUACAGUUAGUUUUUUUAAUGUUAAUAAUAUAAAUGAAAUAUCUGAGAAAAGUAAUUAUUUGUCUAAUAUAUCAAGAAAAAAAAAAAAUAUAAAUAAUAUACAAAUUGUAAAUAAUAAUAAUAAUAAUAAUAAUAAGGGAACACCAUAUAAUAGUAAAAUAAUAGAUCAUUUAAUUAAUUAUACAGAUACAAGAUUAGAUGAACAAGCUAGAGGUUUAUCUAUAAAAGCUAUACCCAUUUCUCUAUUAUUUUCGAAUCGUAUAUAUGAAAAUAUCCCUAAUAAUAUUUUAUUAAAUAAAAAAAAAGAUAAUGUAAAAUAUAAAUCUUAUCUAUUUAAUAUUAUUGAUACACCAGGACAUGUUAAUUUCUUUGAUGAAUUUUUAUGUUCAUUAAAUAUAUGUGAAUGUUGUUGUUUAGUUGUUGAUGUUGUAGAUGGAUGUAUGUAUGUGACAGAAAAUAUAAUUAAAGCAUGUAUUUAUGAGAAUGUAAAAAUUAUAUUAAUUCUUAAUUGUAUUGAUAAAUUAAUUAUGGAUUUACGUUUACCACCUAAUGAUGCAUAUCAUAAAAUAAAUUAUACAAUUGAAGAAAUCAAUAUGAAAAUUGAAUCUAUAUGUGAUUUAUUAAAUAAAAGUAGUACCGAAAAAAAAAAUUUUUUAUUAUCUCCUUUAAAAAAUAAUGUUUUAUUUAGUUCAAGUAUUUAUGGUGUUUUUUUUACUUUAAAAUCUUUUAGCAAAAUAUAUUGUAAUAUAUAUAAUGCAUAUAAUAUAGAUAUAGAUGAAUUUUCUUUAUAUUUAUGGGGAGAUAUAUAUUAUGAUGAAGAAAAUUUUACCUUUGAACAAUCUCCUUUAUAUGCUAAUCAGAAAAGAUCUUUUGUUGAAUUUAUAUUAAAUCCUUUAUAUAAAAUAUUUGGUUAUAUAUGUUCAGAAGAAAAAGAAUUUCUUAUACCCUUUUUACAAUCAUUUAAUAUAUCUUUAAAAAAAAAGGAUUAUUUAUAUAAUACAAAAUAUUUAUUAAAAAAAAUUAAUGGUAUGAUUUUUGAAGACACUACAGCAUUUGUUGAUAUAAUUAUUGAUAACUGUCCAUCUCCAUUAGAUAAUGCAAAGAAUAAAACGUUACAAAUUUAUUCGGGUUCAUUGAAAACAAAGAUAUCAUAUGAUAUGAUGAAAUGUAUGAAAGGAAAUGAAACAGAUAAUUUAAUGAUAUAUAUUAUAAAAAAUUAUCAUCGACCAGAAUGUGGAAUGAUAGAUUUAUUUGGAAGAGUUAUGUGUGGUACUAUUAAGAAAGGUCAAACAGUUCGUAUAUUAGGAGAAGGAUAUACAUUAAAUGAUGAUGAGGAUAUGAUAACAAGAGUGAUAACACAUUUAUGGAUAUAUGAAGGAAGAUAUAGAAUAGAAGUAGAUGAAAUACCUGCUGGGAAUUUUUGUUUAAUUGGAGGUAUAGAUAUAUGUAUAAAUAAAACAUGUACGAUUACAAAUGUGAAAAGAAAAAUAAAUAAAAAUAAAAGAGAUCAUAUAAAUUUAAAUUGGUAUGACGAUAUAAACAAUGAAAAUAAAAAAAAUAAUAAUAAAAAUAAUAAUAAUAAUAAUAGUGAUGAUAAUUAUGAUGAUGAUGAUAUUGUAAAAUAUCAAAAUGAUAAAGAUUUAUAUAAAUUAGAUAAAUCAUUUCUUUUGAAUGAUAAUGCAGAAAUAUUUUAUCCUCUUCAUAAAAAAUUUCGUUAUUUAAAUUGUGUCAAUUCUGUUUUUAAAGUAGCAUGUGAACCUAUUAAUCCAUCAGAAUUACCAAAAAUGUUAGAAGGACUUAGAAAAAUUGAUAAAGUAUAUCCUUUAUCAAGUACAAAAGUAGAAGAAUCUGGAGAACACAUAAUAUUAGGAACAGGGGAAUUAUAUUUAGAUUGUAUUUUACAUGAUUUAAGAAAAUUAUAUGGUGAUUUAGAAAUUAAAGUAUCUGAUCCAGUUGUUCAAUUUAAUGAAACCAUUAUUGACACAUCAGCACUUAAUUGCUUUGCAGAAACACCAAAUAAGAAAAACAAAAUAUAUAUGAUAGCAGAACCAGUGCAAAAAGAAUUAGCUGAUGAUAUAGUUCAAGGACUUGUACAUUUAAAUGAAAACCAAAAUUUAAAUAUAGAUGAAUAUAUAAAUACAAUGGAUAGAAUAUUGAAUAAAACAAAUGAAAGUAAAAAUAAUAUUGAUCAUGAAAAGAAUGAUACACAUGAUAAUUCAGAUGAUAAUAUUACGAAUCAUAUAAAUAAUAUUGAUAAUAAAAAUACCAUUUUUAAUGAUAAGGAACAUAUAGAUGUACAACAAAUAAACGAUUUAGAUAAAGAAAAAAGGAAAAGCACCUUAAAUUAUAAUAUAGAUCCUAAUGUAAUAUCAUUAUUAAAAAAUAAAUAUAAUUGGGAUAUUUUAUCUAUUAGAUCUCUUUGGGCUUUUGGUCCAGAAAAUAACAGUCCAAAUAUAUUAGUUGAUGAUUCAUUAUUUCAAGAAACUAAUAAAGAAAAUUUAUAUUCUAUUAAAGAUAAUAUUAUUCAAGGAUUUUCAUGGGCAACAAAAGAAGGACCAUUAAUUGAAGAAAGCAUGAAAGGAGUUAAAGUUAAAAUAUUAAGUGCCGAUAUUGAUGAUGAUCCAAUUAAUAGAGGAGCUGGACAAAUUAUACCAACAGCAAGAAGAGCUAUAUAUUCUUCAGUUUUAUUAGCUACACCUAGAUUAUUAGAACCAAUAUUAUUAACAGAAAUUAUUUGUUCAGGUGAUUCUGUUUCAGCUGUAUAUAAUGUAUUAUCAAGAAGAAGAGGUCAUGUAUUAAAAGAUUUUCCAAAGGUAGGUACUCCAUUAUAUAUGGUACAUGCAUAUAUACCUGCUAUUGAAUCUUUUGGAUUUGAAACAGAUUUAAGAACACAUACAAGUGGUCAAGCAUUCUGUAUUAGUAUGUUUGAUCAUUGGCAUAUAGUGCCAGGUGAUCCAUUAGACAAAUCAGUAAUCUUACGACCUCUAGAACCUGCACCCAUACAACAUUUGGCAAGAGAAUUUUUAUUAAAAACAAGAAGAAGAAAAGGAUUAUCAGAAGAUGUCACAAUUAAUAGAUUUUUUGAUGACCCUAUGUUAUUAAAUAUAAAGGAUGAAUUCGCAGAAUAUUUUUAG